GAUCCCCAUAGGCCCCUGCGCGACUCCGGCUGGGCAGGAUUCCGGACAACGCCUGGUUCCUCUCGGGUCCUUCCGGCGUCGCCGGAGUGAAUUGAUCCGGAGUUGAAGAGGGCUUCAAAGGUGGGAAGUGAAGUCAGUACCUCAGUAACCGGUCAGUAUAUGUUUUGUGCUUUAUUUUAUCACAAAGAAGAGAAGAAAGACUGCAGUGAAUGAAGAUUCCUCUGCAUUUUAGCACUGCUUUUUCUGCUGUAGUUGGUUUUUGAAUGAGGAUGACAAUGGAAGAGAUGAAGAAUGAAGCUGAGACCACUUCUAUGGUUUCUAUGCCCCUCUAUGCAGUCAUGUAUCCUGUGUUUAAUGAGCUAGAACGAGUAAAUCUGUCUGCAGCUCAGACACUGAGAGCAGCUUUCAUUAAGGCUGAAAAAGAAAAUCCGGGACUCACACAAGACAUAAUUAUGAAAAUUUUAGAGAAAAAAAGUGUAGAAGUCAACUUCACAGAAUCCCUUCUUCGAAUGGCAGCUGAUGAUGUAGAAGAGUAUAUGAUUGAACGACCAGAGCCAGAAUUCCAGGACCUAAAUGAAAAGGCACGAGCACUUAAACAGAUUCUCAGUAAGAUCCCAGAUGAGAUCAACGACAGAGUGAGGUUUCUGCAGACAAUCAAGGAUAUAGCUAGUGCAAUAAAAGAACUUCUUGAUACAGUAAACAAUGUCUUCAAGAAAUAUCAAUACCAGAACCGCAGGGCACUUGAACACCAAAAGAAAGAAUUCGUAAAGUACUCUAAAAGUUUCAGUGAUACUCUGAAAACCUAUUUUAAAGAUGGCAAGGCAAUAAAUGUGUUCAUAAGUGCCAACCGACUAAUUCAUCAAACCAACUUGAUACUUCAGACCUUCAAAACUGUGGCCUGAGAGUUGUAUAUGUUAAGAGAUGUACUUCUCAGUGGCAGUAUUGGACUGCCUUUAUCUGUAAAUUUUAAAGUUUGACUGUAUAAAUUAUCAGUCCCUCCUGUAGGGAUCUAAUAAUCCAGGAUGUUGAAUGGGAUUAUUGCCAUCUUACACCAUAUUUUUGUAAAAUGUAGCUUAAUCAUAAUCUCACACUGAAGAUUUUGCAUCACUUUUGCUAUUAUCAUUCUUUUAAGAAUUAUAAGCCAAAAGAAUUUACGCCUUAAUGUGUCAUUAUAUAACAUUCCUUAAAAGAAUUGUAAAUAUUGGUGUUUGUUUCUGACAUUUUAACUUGAAAGCGAUAUGCUGCAAGAUAAUGUAUUUAACAAUAUUUGGUGGCAAAUAUUCAAUAAAUAGUUUACAUCUGUUAAACAUUUCUUUACUUGAAAAAAUGCAUAUAUAUAUGUGAAUAUAUAUAUGAUCAGAAGACCAAGAAGACUUGGUGUAAUGUCUAAAGAACUUCUAAGGGGAGCUUAUUAGCAGUUUAUCAGAUAAUAAAGCAACAAGAAUUCCUAUUUUUUUGUCCUUAAUCACUCUGGGCAAAAAGUAGUUGAUGGAGAUAUUUUUGUUAGUUACUAUAUUUGAGGUACUGAGUAUUUUUCCAACCUUUGUUUUAAGAGACUUAUGAGAAGCAGAUGGCGGUUUAUAGUGUCUUCACAUUCUACUGCCAUUUUUGAGCUCUGUGACUAUGUAAGAUUAAGUCUUUCUGGUAUGCUGGGCCCUAAUAAGCUUUGCGCCUUUUUUCCAUAAAUAGCCACAACUAAUAGUAAUUUGAAGCUAUACCAAUGCUAGUUGGUUUGAAAUUGUCAUGAGUGUUAAUAAUAUUAUAUACACUCUUUAAAUAUGUACAGUUUUGGUUCACCGUAGAGAAAUUCUAAGGAAAUUAUGUAUCAAGUAUUCAUGUUAAGUGAUUUCAUUUUUCAAUUAUGAUAAAAUAAAGGAAAAAAUCAGAA